CAGAAAUGAGAAAUGUAAUAAACACUUUGGAGUAAGCAAGCUUUUCGCAAGUUCCGCGCCUCGUUCCCUCUCCCCUCUGCGACAGUUGAAAUUGAUUGAGAAUCAAGUCACCAACCAUUGCGCAGUUAAGUAGUACUACUGUGUAGUAGCAUUGAAUAAAGGUAGCGAAACGAAGAGAGCAUCCUCAGAUGAGGUUCGAUUUCUCUAUACCCGAAGUGGAUACAGACGACCGGCAAGCCCUUACACCUACAACGACGCCAAAGGAGGAAGUUGAAUGGGUGCCGCUUCAGAACCACCGCAUCUUCACCACCGGCAGCUCUGGCGUCGCCCGUCUCUCCACAUCUCGAACGCCUCCUGCCAACCUCAUUGCCUGGGACGGAGCCUCCCGCCUUUACUUCUGGGACUCCGACAAGCAAUGCCUCCAUCGUCUCUCCAUUCGUUUGGGCGAUCCGGAUCCCACUUCCGUUGUUGCGUCUUCGUCCUCUAAGGUUUUGCAACCUGAUAUUCAAUUACACUUUGUGGUCAACAAGAUCUCCAUAAACGGAAAUGGAUCAGCAUUGCUUCUUGCAGGUUCAGAUGGCCUAUUCAUAAUGCAUCUUUAUGGAAGAACUUCUACAAAAGAUAAUACCAUUAUUUGCAGGACUAUUUCAAUUGGUUCCAAGAUCUAUUUUGAUAACAACAACUUCAUACGUGCAUCACAAGUUUCAUGGCAUCCAUAUAGUGAUACCCAUUUGGGAGUUCUUUCUUCUGAUUCAGUUUUCAGGCUUUUUGAUUUAUCUUCUGGUCUUGAGCAACCAGAGCAGGAAUACUAUUUACAGCCAGUGCAACCAGGAAAAUGCUGCAGUGCUGCAUCAACCUGCCCUGUCGCAUUUUCGUUUGGUGGUGAACAUUUAUGGGACAGGUUUAGUGUAUUUAUUUUAUUUUCUGAUGGUUCUAUCUACAUUCUUUGCCCAGUUGUUCCUUUUGGGAGUAUCUACAGAUGGGAAGCUAUUGGAGAAAUAUAUAAUGAUGCUCAAGCAUUUGGGCUGAAAUCAUCUAACUCAAGAGCUGUUAGUAAUUCUAGUCUGGCUAUUGCAUGGUUGGAAACCACAUUUCCUGAAUUAUCUCACCAAGAAAUGGAAGGAUGUAAUUUUCCAGCACUCAAAGCUCAUCCAUAUGCACCUUUUGAUGCAUCCCUUACAUUGCAGGGGCCUCUCCGUAAAGUAUGCCAUGGUGAGGAAGAGGAAGAUUCUGGAGUUCGAGGUGCAGUAUGUGAAGGUCAUGCAGUGGGUUUUCUUUAUAAUUCAAUCAGCAAGGAUUCAGUUUUGGUAACUGCCUGGAGCAGUGGACAGUUGCAGAUAGAUGCCCUAGCUGAUGAAAUCCAACCAGUCUGGAAUCUUGAUAAUCGGCCUCGAAUUUCUGUUGAUUCUCAUGAUCAUAUCAUUGGACUUGCCAUGAUUUGUGAAUCAAACCCAGAGGAGUUUUCUAUUGUGAAGUUCGACCAGCCACUAGAUCACACAGUUUGGUUAGGACAUCCACCCCCUCUAUUGAGACUGGCUGUUGUGGAUUUGGCUUUACCUAGGAAGGUAGAUUAUGGAUCUCUUCUUUCAUUGUUUGCUGAUCCCCUUAUCCCAGAGAGAAUAUAUUGUGUCCAUGGUGGUGGAAUAGACUCAAUAGUGCUCCAUUUUCUCCCAUUUACUAGUCAGAUAAAUGGGAAGGAUGAAUCCAUGGGGGUUCCUUCUGUGCAUCCUGUUCUUAAUACUUGUCUGGAGGAAAGCUCCUCUCCAUCUCCUCUUUGGGGUUUUGUAGCACUGGCAGAUUCAUUUGGGUAUUCAUGGAUUGUUGCAGUCACCUUAUCUCAAGAAUGUAUUGUGCUAGAAAUGAAGAGUUGGAAUGUGUUGCUUCCCCUUCAUGUUGAUGUGGGCAAGAAACAGAUUGGUUCAGAAGAGAUUCCAGAAGUAGACACUCCUGAUAUUAUAAGCAAAGAGCUCCUUAGCAUCCCUAAGGUGGAUUUUGUUCCUCAGGCUUCACCUAACCUGCGCUCCAUGACUGCUGAUUCGAUUGAAGGCCGAUCAACGCUUCAUAGAUACUUCAAACUCUUCCAUGAAAAUUAUGUGGAGUAUGCACACAAGGUCUUCUUUGAACUCAAACAUCACAGCGCUCAGCUGAAGAGAAUUAUAGAUGAUCAGCAUUCUCGUUUACAUGAAGCACAGCAGAGGCUUAUGAAUGUUGAGGAGAAACAGCCAAAGUUGGAUGAUCGGGUAAAUCAUGCAGUUCAGGUGCAUAGAUUUCUGGAAGAGCGUUUAUUGCGCUUGAGAAACUUGCCUGGGCCCCAUAAGAAAUCAUUAUCUAGAGCAGAACGCCAGUUCAAGACAGAACUAGAAAACCUUCAAGAUCUGGAGCUGGAAGCUUUGCGUUCUUCUAUUAAAGCUCUAAAUACAAGGUUGAAGAGGUAUGCUCAAUCUCCUCAAGGCAGUGCAUCAAUAAUGCCUACGAGGAAGGCCCAUGUGCCUGAUUCCCAGGUCUCCCACCUAAGAUCAUUGGUUGAGAAGCUUUCACUCGUCAAUACUGACAAUUCAAAAAAGGUCAAGCUUGUUGAAUCUGCAUUGAGGAGUCAAGAGAGUGGCAAGAGAUAUGAUAUGCAUCUGCAGCCAUAGCUAACUUUUUUGAACUGCCUGGGUUGCAAAGUCUAUUUGAGUCUGUUAAAGGGAGGCGGGCAUGACUGGCAAGAUUUGUGAGUUGCUGCAAAUGCCAAUAUUGUAAAUCAUUUCUUUACUAUUAGUUACAGUUGAAAAGUGUGAUAAUGAAUUCCGUUGUUGUAGGGCCUUCAAUAAACCAAACCAUACAUAUUAGCAGACAGCCCAGUAGUGUAUCUUGAACUGUUUCUUCUCAUUAUUAGCAGCGAGCACCAAAGGGAUGUACCACCGCCUCUUUGUAUUAUAUGCGUA